CGAUGUGUGAGAGAAAGAGAGAUGGGUAGAAGGGCUUCGUGUCCACAUUUAUUAUGGCAUCAUUUGACACAAGGCGUAUUUGACCCAAGUGUAUUUGCUUUUAAAAAAUGGUAUUUCAAUCAAUAAUACAGUAAGCUUCGUUUGAUAAAAUUGUUUCCUUAUGCAGUUUUUCAAGAUAUAACCGAUUACAUACACAAAAAAAAAACAACAGCCUCCCGUUCCAUAAUUGCUACCUUGCCUUGGGUCUGCAUCGGACCAGCUGUCAAAAAAUGUCUAUAAACCUUGACCGAAACCGAAAAACGUCCAAGAAAACAAAACGCAUGUGUAUCAGUGGCCAUUAUUAAAAAAAAGGAAGGGAAAUUGAUGUUAGGCCGUAAUGUUCGGAACGGUUUGUGUUCGCUGCAUGGAUUUUGGUGUUAAAAAGUUUCCAUUUUGCCUUUAUUUGUAGCGUGCCAAGCGUUCCAAACUGUUCUGACGUACUCGCAUACAUACAAACAAAACUCACGGGUAACGAGCAGCAGUAGCAGCAGCAGCAGCAGCAGCAGCACGGGGAACGCUUUUUGUCGCUGCAGGUAGACCACUAGAGGAUAUUGGAAAAGAAUGCCGACUAGUGGUGGUUAGAAAUUGGUGCAUGCAGUAUGAUGAACCGACACGGUGCCUCCAACUCGACCCGGUCCGAGGACCCGGGACAGCUGUUUUCCGCCCUUAUGUCCGACAGUGGUCCGAACCAGGGCACAUUCGUGCCCGGGAGCAAUGCGUUCUCGCUGUCGCACUACCAGAACAUGCCUAACGAUCAGGUGGACUGGGCCGCGUUAGCCCAGCAGUGGAUAAAGAUGCGCGAAACCUGGAUACAGCCGAUGCCGUCGCUAAUACCGUCGCCCCCACCCCCACCAUCAUUCGACCGGGACACGUACGAUGAUGCGGCCGGGGGUGACGCACCACACCCAGCCAACCGUACCGGACCGGUGCCGGAGUACGAGGAGCAAGGUGAAGCACCGAUGGAGGUGGAACGGGAAGACGAUGGUGAUAUGCCGUUGCCACCGGCACCGCCCAAAAUUUCCGCUGAUUGGCCCACGGCAUCAGGGGACGAUACGUGGCAAACCUGGUCCUGGCCGUCUUCCGUGAACAGUGCAUCGACGUCCGGCGAGAAUCACCACCUGCCGCAAACCCUUCCAAACAAUCAAAAACACGCCGACCAGCAACGGACGGCCGCAGCCAUCAGCAACACCACCACCAUCACCACCACCACCACCAACGCCGCUGUCGCCGCCACCGGGCCCGCUAUUGUAUCGGCGUCACCGUCCGCGGCGGCUGCCAUUGCCCUGUGGCAGGCAAAGAACAGUCAUCUCUUCCAGGCCGGCGGAUAUCCGAAAGACUCCACGGCGAUGCGCCCACAAACACCGACACGGCGCGUGUUUAGCACGCAACCGAAACCGUCGGUCCGCCUGCCGGGAUUGAUGGAUCGCGAGAUCAAGAUGGGCCUGUCCGCGGCCGCGGAUAUGCAGCGGAUCGAGGCGAAGGAAAACAGCUUCGGUGCCAGCGCUGCAGCGGGCGCCGCUACCAUCAACGAGGAAAAGCGUAUGAUGCUGCCGGCCUGGAUCCGGGAAGGGUUGGAAAAGAUGGAGCGGGAAAAGCAGCAGAAGCUGAAGCGCGAACAGGAAUACCGCCAGCGGGAAGAGAAACUCUCCAGCCAGCAGCAUCUGCACACGCUCGCGUUGUCGCCAACACGCGAGGAACUUAUACCGCCGUUAAGUGUGCAACAGCAGGUGGAGGAAGAACCGCAAGCGCCACACCAGGCGACAGUGCCGGUAAAGGAACAAGACAUUGAACAAACUACUAAAAAAAUUCUGACUGAAGUGUUUAUGGAAACAACAAACGAAGUAUUGCUAUCGAUCGCCAAGGAAGAGCUCAGUAAGGUGCAGAAGCGAAAAGCGAAACAGGCUGCAACAUCCAAUGUUGGACGUGCGACGUACACCAGAGGACUAGGUCUUGGCAUAUAUGGCGAUAGUGAUGAUGAUGAUGAUGAGGAGGAUGAAGCAGAAGAAGAUCAGCCCGCGAACGAGACUAGCAAAACUGCACCCGCUGCCGGUACGUGCGUGAAUUCGGAUCUGGACAGUGCAAACAACUCGGAUGAUGAUGACUCCGACACGGAAGCAAUGCGGAAAAUGAUGGAUAAAAUACGCAGUCGGCAGCAAAGCUUCAAAUCCACUGCAUCGCAAAUCGAGCAAUGGAUCGGUGAGGUGUCCGAUACGGUGCCGAACAGCACCGAACCGAAGCAGAAGGUACAGCCAUCCGACACGGAAGGUUCGGACGAGGAGGAAGCGGAUGCGGAUGAGGCGCGGUACGAUGCGGCGGAUUCUGAUCCGGAACGUGAAUCUCCUCCGCGGCCCGGAAAGGUGAGUACCGGCAACGGGUUCGGUACGGCUCAGUACAUACCCUUCACCGCUAGGCAAACCGACAAGGCAAGCGGCAGCCAGGAAAAUGUGAUACGCAAACGGCGCGAUAAGCGUGUGUCACGGUUUAGCGAUCCACGGGACACGGUGCGCACCACGCACGUUACGCACGUUUCCAUCCUAUCCAACCCGGUCGAAACGGUGCGUCCCGGCACCAAAGCUGUGGAGCCGUCUCCACCAGCGAAUGUGGCGCCCGCACCCGUCAGCGCCAGCACUGUCCGGCCGAAACAGGUAGCGCCGGAAGUCAAACCACGCCCACAGUCCAUCAACGCGUACAUGCAACAGCUGCAUUCGUACCAAACGAUUUACAGCAUUAGCGCUGGCCAUAGGGCAGCACAGUCGAAGGCAACCACCGAGUCGGACGACACGCGCAGGAAGCACAACGCCGAAUCGGAAGCGUCGGUCGGAAGCGAUGGGGGUGAGCCGGAACGCAAACCACAGCAGCAGUACUACCACGACCGGAAAAGGUCGUCCUUCGCGGAGGACAACGAUUCCGGCACGUCACGGUCCCGGCGGGAUGAGGGUGGUGACGGGUAUCGCAAACGGUACCGGGACCGUUCCCAUUCACGCUCGUCCCGUGGUUCGAGCGCGUCACGGUCCGGUUCGCCCGAUUCACGCUCGUCACGCUCCACCCUUUCGCCCAACAGUCACGCGUCGGAACGUCGACGCGGUUCCUCCUCCUCGAAGCGGUCUCGCUACCAUCGGGACCGUUCGGCCGACCGACGGUCGCGAUCGUCCGGUUCGAGCUCCCGGCGCCACCAUCGUAGCAAGCACAGCCGUUCCCCGUCCCGGUCACGCUCCUCGUCGAAAUAUUCUUCCCAUCGCCGGUUCUAGGAAGCUUCCGUCACCCCCCACCCCCCGGGGGGGUGGUGCGCUCGCGUGUGUUUUUAGCUAUGCUGCGCCAAAUGCGGUGAAUUCUCUGUAGUUUACGUUUGUGGGUGUGGUUGUGGCCGCCGAGGGGUUACCGCACCUGCCAACUUCCAUUCGCUGCCGACCACAGCGAUGGCAACACGUUGUCCCGUAAGCAGACAAGCAAAAGAGUUCAGUGGGAGAGUCAAAUCAGUGUGAUAAAUUAGGGAAAGUAUGUAUAAAUACACACACACACACGCACACAGACACAAUUAUCACAAUUACCUUAACACACACCUCUACCCCAUCCCUUAUCCUUUCCCUGUAGACACGUAGAAACUAACACACACACACACAAACACACACACGCUCUAGUUAUCUUUUUAUGCAGCGAGGCAAGGAAUUCUAACACAAGGAGUUAAAGCAAAAGGGUUCAAGCAAAAACACUAGAACGAACACAAGUGUAAAGACAGACAGACCGGGGGUGUUGUAGGCUAGACGCGAAUAUGAAACGUAGCAUAUUGCAGGAUAGGUAGUGUUGUAUGUUUUCUCCCUUUUUUUGGUCAGGACAACCCCUCGUAUUAUUAGUAGUAGCAUUUGCGAAUUCGUACCUAGCGCGUUUAGAAGAGGAAGGAGAGGGAGGGGGCUAGUACUCCAAAGGCUAUUAACGAUUUGCAAACCGAAACGUCACCGGAGGGUGCGCUGCGUGUUACACCUUUUCGCAGGGGUUUUUAGGUAACAGGGUACGGACGAUUGAUCGAUUGAUGGUGCUUUCACAUCCAUCGAUAACCUGCGUCGAUCACUUUGUAUACUUUUAUUUAUUUUCCUAUUUUAUAUUAACUGUUUGCGAAAGCUCAGAGCACGUAGUUUUGUAUAACCUCUGCUAGGCACACGAGAGUGAAAAUGGAUGCUGCUAAAGCAUCAGACGUACAGUUGCGGCUGGGAGCGGUACGGUUUUUUAUAAAAUAUCAUUUUAUGAAGCUUCUUCGUCUUCUUCCUUGGCCAAGCGCCUCGAAAGGGCUCGGGCUUACCAUUUCUGACUUUCUGUGACUUGAUUUUAGAUCCGUAGCAAGGCGCGUACGGGAGGGAGGCUGUCUUGGAUGGGCUUUGAAACCCCAGUUCUGCCGCCUCGAUUAAUGAAGCUUCUGUGGGCAUAAGGUAAAGUUCAUAUAGCGCACCAUCACAUCAAGAAUCUUUCAUUGGAGUAUAAAUAACUCGCCAAUCGAUAGUAAAGUGUUACUCUCGUUAAAAAAAAAAUGUGUGGUUGCUUUCUACUAGGCACAAGUCCGUGUUUUGUGUGAUUCCUUUCCUGUUGUAUUUAUUUGGUCGUAUGUGCCCUAGUUUAGGUUGUGCGCCGAGUAGAAUCAUCAUCAGAUCAGAGAUCAGAUCAGAGGAUCAGAAGAGUUGGGACAGCUGGAAUCUACUUCUUAACAAUAUCCUCUUCCCCAAAUUUUUAGUCUACUCGCAAUAAUGUUCGUUUUAGCUUUCGGUACUCGUAACGGAACUGGUUCAUUUCCCAGCCGCCUUCUCCCGCGCUCUAUUCGGUCGGCGCUCUUCGCUCUCGGUACAACAAAAAAAACGAAACGGUUUUUAUCGCAGAAAUAGAAUAAUAAUUCCUUGAAAUCACGUCAUUGCAUCCUGUCUAACUGUAAUAUUCGAAAUGUGUUUGUGUGUGUUAUUUCGUUUAUUUCGGCAAUUUUAUUAAUCGUACAGUUUCUUGUAUUUAAUUAAAUAAAACCUAUUGACUUGCAACAGUAA